GGUGCGGCUCUGAAAUGGGCGGGCCGGUUCUUUUUUCCUUCCGCUGUCACCCAUACUCUUCCGGCCCGGACACCCCCGCUCCGAGGCCAUUGCCUUUUGCCUGCCCGCUUUGCAUAUUGUUAUGUCCUUUCCCUUCAGCAGACCCCUUCAGGCCCGGUUUAAGCUUAGCCCUGAGGGAGACCGUCGGAGGGGAAAAGUGACGCGUGAGGUGUGCUUUCGGACUUUCCCCUUCCGGUUCGACGAAGCGAGAGACGGAACACCCCCUCCCCCCUCCUCUCCCAGCGAACAGGCGGCAUAUCCACUGGCCUCUCUCUCUCUCUGUCCACAUGCCACCUUCAACGUCCACCCUGCCGCACGCCCUCAUAACCGGCGGUUCGCGCGGAAUAGGUCUCGCCAUCGCACGCGCCUUCCUGCCAACCCACAACCUCAUCCUCGUCGCCCGCGACUCUCACCGCCUAGAAAACGCCAGAGCAGCCUUGCUGAACGAAGGCGGGGGCGAUUGCAACAGCCGAGUGCAGACUAUAGCCGCGGAUUUGGGCAGUGUGGCAGAGAUUGAGGCGGUUGGGAAGCACCUCUCUACAGCAACCACCAACAUAUCCGUCCUCGUAAACGCCGCAGGUAUCGCAACCGACGCGCUGCUAGCGACAGCAACCGCCGCGCACGUCGAGUCGGUGCUCGCGACCAAUCUCACUGCGUCGAUCUUGAUGGCCAGGCUUGUUGCGAGGGGGAUGAUUCGGAGGAGGGAAGGCUCCAUAAUCAACAUCGCCUCAGUGGCAGGCAUCAAAGGGAACGCCGGGCAGAGCGUUUACGCCGCGUCUAAAGCCGGUCUCAUAGGCUUCACCCGCGCACUGUCCCGCGAACUCGGCCCACGCAACAUCCGCGUCAACGCCAUCGCGCCGGGGUACAUCGACACGGACAUGACACAGGCGAUCCAGGGCAAAAAACGCGACGAGUACAUCGCUGCGACUGCGUUGGGGCGGUUUGGGGCGCCCGAGGAUAUAGCCGACGCGGCCCUCUACCUCGCCCGCGCGCGGUUCGUUACUGGGCAGUGUCUAGUCGUCGACGGCGGCCUGAGCGCUUGAAACGCCUUCCAACAUCACGCACACGUAUCCGGUUGUCUCUUUGCUGAUCUGGACGUCUGCAUGAAUACGGGACACAGCGGGGUUAUCUAGGCCAAGUCUAUUCGUAUA